AUGGAGACCAAAGCUGUUUGGAACAUCAGAACGCUUAUGGAUGUUGCAAGCCAAGCAAUCACAGCCCACAUCCCUUCUAAAUAUCGCAUGGAUGUAGUCUGUUUGUCGGAGGUCCAUUUUCCUCAUGUCGAUUCUCGAGUAAUUGUUAAACCAGGUUUUGAUUAUGGCUCAUUUCCUAAAGUAUAUCCUAUUAAAGCAAUGGACGAACGAAAAUUGAAUCGGAAACUGCGGAAAUGUCUCGCGCAGGCGGAAAAGUAUGAUUCGAAUCUAGAAGUCUCCGAUAUUCCAACAAGGCAUUUAUUUGUUGGAAAUAGCAGCGUUUUAUGUGGUGUCUCACUCGAGAAUUUAGAGAGAAUUUUUCAUGAAUACGACUCCAGCUGUAUUUGUACAGUUUUCCCGAAUCAGCGGCCAUAUUCGUUUGUAUCAUUCGAUUUAGCUGAAUCUGCUGAAUUCGCUUAUAAGGCGUUGCAUGGAAAAGUAUCGCCCUUGCUCGGCAAAAACGCUCUUCCAUUUUAUAUCGCAUAUUUAAAAAAAUUAGUGGCUGUUACGGAUAAAAAUAACAUGUUGUAG